CGGUUGACUAAAAUUCAGCAAGUUUGACAGCGAUACAGUCAACACGCGUUUCUCCUGCGUUUGAGUCAGUGGAGCUCUACUUCAGCAGCUCAAUGUCAGCAGAUGUUCAGAUGAUGUUGAGUGACUCUCCACAGACAGCUGGAGGAAAAAGCUCUUCAGAACAAUAGGCUUCUCCCGCAGCAGCUGCUAUGGAGAACCGCCCAACAGAAAAACAAACCAAAAAGAGGAAGAAAAAAUGCAUCCAUGCAUUCUUCCGGCGAAUUGGGAAGGCUUUAAAGCUUUGCACCCUACAUUGCUACAGAGACGAUAUAUUGCCCCCAUCUCCAUCCGAUGAUCCAGCAGAUCUCCAGCCAGGUUUAUCUGGCCUUGAAUGGGCGUUAUCAAUCGAUCCAUGUCCAUCUGGUUUGGAGCUGACAGUUAACACCAAUCCGGCUGAUCCUGAUGGGUCAUUGGUCUCAGGACCAUCCAGUCUUGAGGUGAUAUCUGACAGUGAUCAGGCUGAUCCAGAGCCAUCACCUGUCCCAGGUCCAUCCAGCCUCGAUUUAAAGUUAACACUGGAUCCAGGUCUAUCCAAACUGGAUUCUGAGACAAUGAAUAUCCCAGGACUAUCUAGUCUUGAUGUAACACCUGUACCAAGUCUAUCCAGUAUCGAGAUGAAACCGGACAUGGAUCUAACCGAGCCCAAGCCAUCAUCUGUCCCAAGUCCAUCUGGUUUUGAGGCAGCUGUUGAACAACAAUCAACAAAGAGGAAGAAGAAAGGCAUCUGUGCAUUCUUCCGCCGGACAUGGAGGGCUGUUAAGUGUGCUGCUCUCUGUUGCCAAAGGGGCAACAAAGUGGCUCCAGAUCCAUUUGCCAUUGACCCAAUGGCUCAACAGGAUAAUUCAGAUCACCAGCCAGAUUUAUUCAGCCUUGAGUGGCUGACACUUAAUGCUGAGCCAAUAUAUCUGGAGCCAUCACCUGUCCCAGGCCCAUCCAAACUGAAUAAUGAGCCAAUGCCUGCCCCACAUCAGUCUGGUUAUGAGCCACCUGUUGAAAAACAAAGAAAAAUGAGGAUGAAGAAAGACAUCCAAGCAUUCUUCCAGCGAACAUGGAGGACUGUUAAGUUUCCCUCCUUGGCCCCAGAUUCAUGUCAAGUUGAGCCAGUAGCUCACUGGGAUCAAGUGGACCUCCAGCCAGGUCUAUCUGAUCCCUUGUGGUUGUUAAGGAAUGAUCCAGGUCCAUCUUGUUUCGAGGUUACAGUCACGGCCAACCAAAAUCCACCUGAUUCUAAGCCAGAUCCAUUCAGCCUUGAUUCACACUUAACACUUGACCCAGGCCCAGCUGGUCUUGUAGUUGAGUUGACGUCUGUCCCAGGACCAUCCCGUCAGGAGAUAAUGCCAGUCAAUGGGUCUGACAUGGGUCUGGAUGUUCCUGAGCUAAAACCCAUUCCAGGUUCCAGUCUCGUUCUGACAGCUGCUGUGGAUCUGAUUGAUCCCGAGCCGUCAUCUGCCUCUGGUUCAUCCAGCUGCAGACGGACACCUGACACUGAUCUGGACAAUUCUAAACAAAAACAUGUCCCAAUCCUAUCUGGUUUUUGGCCAACAGCAGCAUCAUUUUCCUCCCGUUAUCAUAUGGGAGUGAAGUUGGGACAGGGAGCCUUUGGUUCUGUGUAUAAGGGGAAUCACAGAUUUAGUGGCCAGAAGGUUGCUAUCAAAUGUAUACGUAAGAAGCCCUGGAACAGCUUUAUUAAUGUGCCUGGAUCUACAGAACCACUGCUGUCAGAAGUGGUUAUGAAUGUGAUGGUGUGCUCACCUCCGAAAAGCCCCUACAUUGUACAAAUGAUCGAGUGGUUUGAUCAGACACAUCAGUUCGUCAUAGUUAUGGAAUAUCCACAUCCAUGUCAGACCUUGCUGGAAUUUACCAUGUGGCAUGGAAGUUGUCUGGAUGAAUCUGUGGCACGUGGUUUAAUGCGGCAAGCGGUGCUUGCAGCCAAACACUGCAUUGAACGGGGCAUCUUACACAAUGACAUCAAGACGGACAACAUGCUGGUCAACACAGAGACACUGCAGCUCAAACUGAUAGACUUCAGCUGUAGCAAACGUAUUAACAUGUCUUGCUCUGAAGAUUAUCAACAGGCGGUUGGAUCAACAGUCUGGUCUUUGGCUAUGGUACUUUUGGAGAUAGUAAGCGGAGACCAGCCCAUAAGUGUUUUUCUCCCCAAAGCACGUCAUCCUUUGAUACCAAAUUUCUCCAGUGAGUUUCAAGAUCUGAUAGAGCAGUGUCUGGUCAGGCAUCAAACCAAGAGACCAACGUUAGAGCAGAUUUUAGAACAUCAGUGGUUUAAGCAGGACUGAGGGAAGACAGAGGAUCAGGAGGCAGGUUGUGUAACAGCUUGAGGGAAGGCAGAUACUAACCAACUCUUCAGUAAGAAAAAAAAAAGCAGAUCAUUCAUCUGUAGAGAAUAGCUAGCAGACAGCACUUAACUGCAGACCGGACUUUCACAUUUCACCUGUGGCAUUAAAUAUUACACCUACUGUGUAGGUGACAUUUUACCAAGACAAAUUUGUCAAGAAUCUAGUAUUUGGUUUUUCUCAAAAAUCCUAGAUAAUUGUGCACUUUGGAGAAAAACUAAAUGAAAGAGAAUAUAGCGGUCUAGAGACAAAUAGGCCUAAUACUGAAGAUUCGGAAUGGGUUCUUGGGGGCCUUUUGCCACAGAUGAAAUAAUCCAGGCAUAUCUGAAUUCAAGUAGUAACUUAGAGGAACUUGACAGAAAAUUCCCACUGAAGACCAGUAAAGAUUUUACAGUAUAUUACUGGCCACCAGAUCUACAUUAGUUUAGGUGCUGACAUUAGAUCAGGUACUGAGGGUAGAGUCAUUUUAUUACAAUAGGCCACUUACCCAACUAGUACAAUAUAAUCUUCAAUAUUUUGAAUUCACAAACCUCUGAGUCCACACAUUAUAAAAAAAGCAAAAUUCUCUAGACCAACAAAUCUCAGCAGUAUAAUAUAUAUUAUAUUGCAAUUAUAUAUGUAUAAUAAAAUAUAAUAGUGCUAUUUAUAUUGUAUUAUUGUUAAAAUGACUAUUUUUCUACAGUGUAAUGAGUUCUCUUUGUUCCCAUUAGAUUUACUUAAAUAUUUUCUGUGAGUUAGACAAUAAAAUGUUUUUUACUUAAAU